CAAUACAAUUCUAACACAUUUUGCGAGAAGAAACAGGGACACAGAAAAUGAGGAACCGAUCGUCGUCGCCAUCGCAGCCUCAUUAUACAUUUUGCGAAACGCUAUUAGCAGACACCAUCGCGACCGUCGAAUCGGUGAUCAGGAAAUGGGACGUUCAGGCCUCGCUCACCUUCGCCGGAAUAUCGAACCUCUUCCGGGACAGUCCGGUGGAGGCGAAACAGUUCCUUGGCUGCGUUGAUGGCUUGCAGCGCGCAAUGCUAUCCUCCGUUAGGCUGUGUUCGGAUUCUGAGCUGCUUGUUCGUGCUCAGACUUUGAUGCAGAUUGCCAUGAAGAGGUUACAGAAGGAGUUUUACACUAUUCUUUCUGGGAACCGAUAUUUUCUCGAUCUCGAAACCGUCUCGGCCAGGUCUUCUAGAGCGUCCUCGCGGUCAUCUGUUUCAGAUUCCGAAGACGGAGAGGUUCUGGACACAGUCGCCGGAAUUUUAAUGCCCGAUCCUGCGGUUGCGGAUUUGAAAGCCAUUGCGACUUGUAUGAUUGGAGCCGGAUAUGGAAAGGAAUGCGUGAAGGUGUAUAACAUAAUCAGAAAAUCGGUUAUAGACGAGACGUUGUAUCAUUUGGGAAUUGAGAGAUUCAGUUAUUCUCAAAUUCAAAAAAUGGACUGGGAAGUACUGGAGAGGAAGAUUUUGAAUUUGCAGAGCAGUAUCAGAAUCGCGGUGCGAACUCUUUUCCUCGGCGAGAGAAUUCUCUGCGAUGAAGUCUUUUCGGCUUCCGGUAACAUCAGAGAGUCGUGUUUCGCCGAAAUCUCUAAAGACGGUGCGAUCAAUUUGUUCGGUUUCCUUGAAUUGGCGGCUAAAUAUAAGAAGACGUCGAUUGAGAAGAUGUUUCGGUAUUUGGACCUUUACGAGGCGGUUUCGGACCUCUCGCCGGAAAUUGAAUCGAUUUUCAGCUUCGAUUCUACUGCCGCCGUGAAGUCUCAGGCUGCAGCGUCUGUGUCUAAGCUAGGCGACGCCAUUAGAGCAAUGUUGUCGGAGUUUGAGGCGGCGAUACAGAAGGAUUCCACAAAACCACCUCCAGGCGGCGCAAUCCAUCCACUUACUCGGUACGCGAUGAACUUCCUCGUUUUCCUCGCCGAUUACAGCGGCACCGUUUCCGAAAUCAUAGCAGACUGGCCGCCGUCGUCCCAAUCUCCCUUACCGGAGUCGUACUUCUUGAGUCCAUCGUCCACGAACGACGAUUCAACCGUCUCCGCGAAGUUCGCGUGGCUCGUUCUCGUGCUCCUCUGCAAGCUAGACAGCAAGGCGCGACAUUACCGAGACGUGCCGUUGUCUUACCUUUUCCUAGCCAACAACUUAAACUACGUCGUUUCUAAGGUCCGAAGCUCCAACCUAAGCCUCGUACUUGGAUCUGAUUGGAUUUCGAAACAAAAAGUGAAGGUGAAACAGUUCAUAGCAAACUACGAGAGAUUAGGUUCAUUUAAAACCACUUUUGGCGACUCUAACUGAGAACUUAGUCUUGUUAAUACUGAAAAUUGAAAGUAAAGGAGAAAGAAACAUGUAAAAAUAUUGAUGUGUUAAAAUUAGACUUUCUUUAGCUCAA